AUGUGUCAUGACUGUGGAACCAAGCUCGACGGUGGUUUGCUCUUCCAUGGAUACUGCUGCCUUAGCUGUGGCUCUUUAUGGUGCAAGAACUGCUUCUACUCUGAAUCUGAUACAGAGGAGAGACAAGAAGAAGAUUGCAAGAAGCUCUGCAGAGAAUGUAAUGGUGAGGUUCGUGAGUUAAGAGGAAAGAGCUAUGACAAGGUCCAUCCUCGUGAUAGCCCUGAUCCUCCUUCUCUCGCUCAAAGCGACAAUCUUGCAUCCAGUCUUGAAAUCCGUGAUUGUAGGAACAUCGCCACCAUUCGUUGCUAUCCGAGCAGGGGAGAGGAAGAAGAAGGAAGGAAGUUUUUGAGCCCUUCGAGUGAAUACUAUCAGGAGAGUUCAGAUAUAGAGUCGGGUAGUGUUAGCGCUAGGCAUUCCAACGAGCUUUUUAGUUGUAAAUCUUCAGCUGGGUCAAGUCCUCACGACAGUCCAUUAAGGAACAAUUUUAGUCCUCUUGGGCGCUUUGUACAGCACGCAAAAGACCUGAGCCCUAAAGAUCAGGAAGCUCAGAGUCGUCGUCACGAGGAAGAGGAGGAGGAAGAAGAGGAGGAGAUGCUGCAGCAGCAGCCGUUGGAUUUUGAGAACAACGGCCGUAUCUGGUAUCCUCCGCCGCCUGAAGAUGAGAACGAUGAUGCUGAAGGUAGUUACUUUACGUAUGACGACGAGGACGACGACGUUGGGGACUCUGCUCCGGAGUUUACAAUGAGUAGUAGCUUCUCUAGCCACGUUCCAACUAGAGAGAAGCUCGGAGAUAACAGUAAUGAGCCUCUUAGAACUGUUGUGCAUGACCAUUUCCGAGCUCUAGUGGCAGAGUUGUUACGUGGUGAAGAGCUUACUCCGUCUGAUGAUGGCAGUGGUUCUGGAGACUGGCUUGAUAUCGUCACUGCGUUGGCGUGGCAGGCUGCGACUUUCGUGAAGCCGGAUACUCGUGCUGGAGGCAGUAUGGAUCCAGGGAACUAUGUCAAGAUCAAAUGUGUAGCUUCAGGAAAUCAAACCGAGAGCGUACUCAUCAAGGGAAUAGUGUGUAGCAAGAACAUAACGCACAAGCGAAUGACGUCUCAGUACAAGAACCCACGUGUCCUGCUCUUAGCUGGGUCUCUAGAGUAUCAGAGAGUUGCUGGACAGUUAGCUUCCUUUAACACGUUGCUCGAACAGGAGAAUAAUCAUAUCAAGGCGAUUAUAGCAAAGAUAGACUCUCUACAUCCCAACGUUCUCCUUGUGGAGAAAAGUGUGUCUUCAUAUGCUCAAGAAUACAUUCGAGAGAAAGAUAUUUCAUUGGUGCUUAAUGUGAAGAGGUCAUUGCUAGACCAAAUAGCUCGUUGCACCGGCGCUGUGGUUUGUCCCUCGGUUGAUAGUAUUGCAACGGCUCGGUUAGGGCACUGUGAGACAUUCCGGAUUGAGAAAGUGUUGGAGCAACAAGAAGCUGGGAAUCACUCGAACAGAAAACUCUCGAGGACGUUAAUGUACUUUGAAGGGUGUCCAAGGCGACUCGGCUGCACGGUUGUGCUUAGAGGAAGUUGUAGGGAGGAGUUAAAGAGGGUUAAGCAUGUUAUUCAGUACGCAGUGUUUGCAGCUUAUCACUUGUCUUUGGAGACUUCGUUUCUUGCUGAUGAAGGCGCUUCUCUGCCAAGAAUAAAACUGAAGCAACCGGGGAUGGUUCGGUCUGCGUCUGAAAGGAGAAUGAUCGAUGAUGGCAUUUCCUUAGUAGCUCAUUCUCCUACAGAGAAGGAUGUUAUUGACACAGCUCCACACGAAGAUGAGAACACAGUGGUCAUGAUGGAUCCAGAGCAUGAGGUUUGUGAGUCUUUGUGUGAGGAAGACUUUGAUCCGAGUCAGAUAUUCUCAUCUUCUUGUGACGUUGACACUGAGCAAACUGAUCUGCAUGAAACACUGGCUCAACCGCCACAAGAUGAAGAAGAGAACCAAGUAGUGAUGAACACGCAAGAAGAUAGGUUCAGCGAAGACGAUGUCUCUAGCGAAUACUUCUCUUCCGCAGACUCACACCAGAACAUCUUAGUCUCCUUCUCAAGCCGUUGCGUUUUGAAAGAGUCUGUAUGCGAACGGUCACGCCUCCUGAGGAUAAAGUUCUACGGAUCCUUUGAUAAACCUCUCGGCAAAUACCUAAAAGACGAUCUCUUCGAUCAGAGUUCAAGUUGUAGAACAUGCAAAGAGCUCGUUGACGCUCACGUCCUCUGCUACUCUCAUCAGAACGGAAACCUAACCAUCAACGUUAGACGUCUUCCCUCCAUGAAGCUGCCCGGAGAACAAGACGGGAAGAUAUGGAUGUGGCAUCGUUGCUUGAGAUGCACGCAUGUUGAUGGAGUCCCACCAGCUACUCGGAGAGUCGUCAUGUCUGAUGCGGCGUGGGGGCUUUCGUUCGGGAAGUUUCUUGAGCUUAGCUUCUCGAAUCAUGCGACCGCGAAUCGCGUUGCGUCUUGUGGCCAUUCUCUUCAGAGAGACUGCCUUCGGUUCUACGGAUUUGGGAACAUGGUUGCCUUCUUUAGAUAUUCUCCGAUUAAUAUACUUACUGUCUUCUUGCCUCCGUCAAUGCUUGAAUUCAAUAGCCAUCAUCAACAAGAGUGGAUACGUACCGAAGCAGCUGAGCUUAUGGGUAAAAUGAGGACUAUGUAUGAGGAGAUCUCUGUUAUGCUCAACCGUAUGGAAGAGAGAAGCAGCUUGCUCGAGCCUGAACAAUCUGAAGCCUCUGAUCUUCAGAGCCGCGUGAUGGGAUUGAAAGAUCAACUCGUCAAGGAGAAAGAUGAAUACGAUGACGCGUUGCAACCUAUUUUCGUGGAGAAUCUGCAAAUUCAGGAAAGUUUGGAUAUUCUUGAGCUGAAUCGACUGAGAAGAGCGCUCAUGAUUGGUUCUCAUGCUUGGGACCAUCAGCUUUACUUGCUAAACUCUCAGCUCAAGAAAGCUUCCGUCUUUAAACCCAGCGACGACAAUGAUCCUCCAAAGAUUGACCGUAAACUGCAAGAAGGUCAAGAUGAUGGAGAAGGAGGAGAAGCUAAUGGUGACAACAACAAAGAUCUUGAAAAGUUGCUCUCUCCUGGUUCUUCUCUCUCUGAGAGGAUAGACUCAGCAUGGUUAGGCUCGUUCCACACUCUAGAGAAAGCAGAGACCAUCGCAGAGACAGAAGCUGCUUCCAACUCUCCUCUCCGUAGACUCGCAAGACCGAUCCGAGUCCAGUCUUUUGACUCAGCGAUUCGGUUUCAAGAACGGAUCCAAAAGGGCUUACCACCAUCUUCUCUCUAUCUCUCAACGCUCAGAUCUUUCCACGCGUCCGGCGAGUACAGGAACAUGGUGAGAGACCCUGUCUCCAACGUGAUGAGGACUUACUCUCAAAUGCUACCCUUGGAAGUACAGAAGCUGGACCUGAUCGUUGGCUCAACUCCUACGUACAUCUCCUCUGCUUCUCAGAUGGCUGAUGGAGCUCGGAUGCUGAUCCCUCAGCGUGGACUCAACGAUAUUGUCAUCCCUGUGUACGACGAUGAUCCAGCUAGUGUUGUCUCGUAUGCUCUCAACUCCAAGGAGUAUAAAGAGUGGGUUGUGAACAGAGGCAUCGCUAGUAGUAGCAGCAGCAACAACUUGAGUAGCAGAGAGUCCGAACAACAACAACCUCCGACGUUCUCUUCUUGGCGGUCUUUAGGAGCCAUGGACGUUGAUUACAUCCACCACGCCGUGUAUGGAUCGUCUCAAGAUGAUAAAAAGUCUCCUCAUUUGACGAUUUCUUUCACUGACCGAGCUUCUUCAUCAUCUUCCUCUGCUUCUGCGAGUGAUGAUCGUAAGGUGAAGUUCUCUGUGACGUGCUACUUCGCGACGCAGUUUGAUACUCUGAGGAAGACGUGUUGUCCAAGCGAAGUCGACUUUGUUAGGUCAUUGAGCCGGUGUCAGAGAUGGUGUGCGCAGGGAGGGAAGAGUAAUGUUUACUUCGCUAAGUCUUUAGACGAGAGGUUUAUCAUCAAGCAAGUUGUGAAAACGGAGCUUGACUCGUUUGAGGAUUUCGCGCCGGAGUACUUCAAGUAUAUGAAGGAGUCUCUCUGUUCCGGUAGUCCCACUUGUCUUGCCAAGAUUCUUGGUAUCUAUCAGGUUUCGAUUAAACACUCAAAAGGAGGGAAAGAGACGAAGAUGGAUCUGAUGGUGAUGGAGAAUCUCUUCUACAACAGGAAGAUAUCAAGAAUCUAUGACCUUAAAGGAUCUGCACGUUCACGGUACAAUCCAAACACAGGGACAGACAAAGUUUUGCUGGACAUGAAUCUUCUUGAGACACUACGCACAGAACCGAUCUUUCUUGGAAGUAAAGCUAAGAGAAGUCUAGAGAGAGCUAUAUGGAACGACACAAACUUCUUGGCUUCUGUGGAUGUAAUGGACUACUCGUUGCUGGUUGGGUUUGAUGAAGAGCGUAAGGAGCUGGUACUUGGGAUCAUAGACUUCAUGAGACAGUACACAUGGGACAAGCAUCUUGAGACUUGGGUUAAAGCUUCAGGCAUUUUGGGUGGACCUAAGAAUGCUUCUCCAACUAUAAUCUCACCGAAACAGUACAAGAGGAGGUUUAGAAAGGCCAUGACUACUUAUUUUCUCACUGUUCCUGAGCCAUUGAUUGAGUGA